UGAAGUCAUCUAUUAUUGAGCGAAAGGCCGUGCGUGGAAAUGUGUGUAAGACGGUGGAUUUGAAGUAGAAUUGGUUGCAAUCGAUCAAGGGUGAAGAAUAUUGCUGAUGGUAACAAAAGAAGCAGCUAUGUCUUUCUCGCAAUUUGGAUACCCUUACAAUGCAACUUCACAGUUUUUCGUGUCGGCAAACCCCAGUACGACUUGCUGCGAUUCGAUUUCCAGGUCGGUCUCUGACGGGACAGGCGGCUCCCAGACCGCCGCUGCCGCCGCCGCUGCUGCCUCCUUCUGCUGCCCGUCCUACGAGAACCGGCUCCUGGCGAGCAGCCGGACGGAGCUGAACGCAGCGCUGGGGAUGUACAGCUCACCCUACGCCGCAGCGGCUGCCGCCAGCCAGAACUACGCCAACUACUUCCCCUACAGCACCGACCCAUCCGCUAUCUACUCCACUCUGAAUCCACAGUAUGACAUUAAGGACAGCACAGGCACUUUACACUCUGGCAUCACUCAGACCGCUGCAUACUAUCCUUAUGACCAUUCACUGGGACAGUAUCAAUAUGACAGAUAUGGGACAGUAGACUUUAAUGGCACAGCCAGAAGAAAGAACGCAACUCGUGAAACCACCAGCACCCUGAAAACAUGGUUGUAUGAGCACCGCAAGAACCCCUACCCCACCAAGGGCGAGAAGAUCAUGCUGGCCAUCAUCACCAAAAUGACCCUCACCCAAGUGUCCACCUGGUUCGCCAACGCCAGGAGGAGGCUAAAGAAGGAGAACAAGAUGACCUGGUCACCAAAGAAUAAGGCCAAUGAUGACAGGAAGGAUGACUUUAACAAGAGCGACCAAGAAUGUGUCACCAAAGAUUCCAGUGAUUGCAAGGAGGAGAAAGAUCUGCAUCUCAGCGAUCUGGACGACAUGGACGAUGACGACUGUGACAAGCUGGACAGUGACUGUGAAAAGGCAGCUGCGGAUGAGCAGGACCUCCAGAGGGCCAUGGCGGUAUCUGGAGCCCCUCAAAAGAGAGACUGCAGCUCUGAGCUCCACCUCAGUUUAACCAACAGCUUCCACGCGUUCCCCUGCGCCAUCAAAAGUGUCACCACACUCCCUCCUCUCCCGUCUGACUUCCUGGAUCCUGUGGUGUCCAAGGCACCCACCUCAACCGGCCCUGCAGGCACGGUGUCCCUGUCUCACUUUGAAGCAUCAGAUAAGCCUCGGAUUUGGUCUCUGGCUCGUACGGCGGCAUCGGGGGUCAUACUGAGCCAUCAGCAGCAUGGCUCGGAGUUGAGGACAGGCAACUCAAGCGGGGACUGCCAGCUCCAGAGCGCCAGGCUUACCGGGGCUCUUACUGGACAGUGUGGGGGCAUGAGAGGCCUCCAUGAAUCUAGUAGUGUCACCAAUGCUGAGAGCCCCUUCCCUGAGAGCUCGUCCUUGCACUCUAAAGUCUAUGGCACUGGCAGCUACAGUCACAAGGACCUCCAGCUGCACUGUUCAUCCUAUGCUGCACUCCCAGACACAUGUCAGUACUCCACCAUUGAAGGAUUCUCUGGUGGCAAAGCAGAGACACAGUCAUCUGACCUCAGUGAAGCCUGUGGGACCGCGCAGGAUGACAAGGUCACUGCCUUCAGACCAGUGAUGAAGAGGUGAAGCAGAUUGCUGGAAACUGUACCACGAUAAAUAAUGGGACUUUUAUUAUGCACUAAAGGACACACUGGCCGAGUAGCGGCCUCAAUAUGACACAUGGGAGCUACCUGGCGCUGCUGCAGUGAGAGCUGUCAAACUGUGGACGUGGCUAUCAUUUUGCACAACU